CCCCGUCCGCUCCUGCCUCAGCCGCAACGCCGAGCCGCGAGACGAGUCAGAAGGGAGCGGCUCUGCCCCACGGAAGAGGAACCCAACCUUGCCAGCCAUCCCUUACCUCCAUCGAUCCAGCCGGGGCGGCACGGCACGAGCCAGCGGUAAUGGCGGUGGAGGAGAUCACCGAGGGCGUGAAGGAACUCACCGUCGUGGGAGAUGCGGCGGCUUCAGGCGCUGGCGGCGAGGGGCAGAGGAGGGGCGGCGGCAACCGCAUCCAGGUGUCCAACACCAAGAAGCCCCUCUUCUUCUACGUCAACCUCGCCAAGAGGUAUAUGCAGCAGCACGGCGAGGUCGAGCUCUCCGCGCUCGGAAUGGCCAUUGCAACAGUUGUGACCGUGGCAGAGAUUCUGAAGAACAAUGGGUUUGCUGCUGAAAAGAAGAUUAGGACAUCUACUGUGGAAAUAAACGAUGAAUGGAGAGGGCGUCCGUCCCAAAAGGCCAAGAUUGAGAUAACGUUAGGAAAGAGUGACAAAUUUGAUGAGUUGAUGGCCGCUGCUGCGGAAGAGCGGGAAGUGGAAGAUGAUGAAGAGCAGGCUUAAAGACAGUACUAGCGACAAGCGACUGUUGUUGUGCGCUGAUAGUGUUUGCUUAAUGCUGCAUGCAUGAGAGCUGGCAUGCGUUCUUGUUUAACUAUAUUUCCAUUGCAGUGCUUGUGGACUCAAUUGACUGAUGGAUGUUGAUGUUUCUUCGCAUUUUGGACAUCUAUUUCAUUUGUUUCUUUGGA